CCGCCAUAUUAGAUCAUCAGUCAUCUCUCCUGCAUGCCCCUGUUUGCAUCGCCGCAGUCAAGGACACAGUCCUGACACCGCAGUCUUGAUAUCCGAAGCUUCGCGAGCAUCCUCGACGAUUCUUCGUUAUAAACUGCUGCGCUCUACUCUUUGUUGGACUUUGGAACAAACACCUGCACGUGUAGCGCCUGCCAAUUGUCUAUGGUCAUAAUCUCGAAGGAAUCAGAAUGCAGGCCCUCCUCCUUAGACGAAGAAACCAUGGAUCGCCCAAGUGAACAAGACGUGACUCUUCCGCCAUACUCCGAACUCUUUGACUCCGGCCCUCUUGAGGGAUCGGCAUUCCGAGACGAUGGACGCGUUGACCUCGACCUUGGCUCAAAGCUCGCGAGGACGUUAUCCGUCCUCGGCCCCCCGAAGGUGCCAGACGACGAACCCACAUCGCCCGGAGCAUCAGCACCGCGCGAAUGGAAGAUCAAACUCAACAUCGUUAUCCAAGUCGUCGGAAGUCGCGGAGACGUGCAGCCCUUCAUCGCGCUCGGAAAUGCACUCCAGGCUUUCGGGCAUCGUGUGCGGCUCGCCACCCACGACGUCUUCGAAGACUUCGUUAGGAAGUCCGGACUGGAGUUCUUUCCCAUCGGCGGUGACCCCGCAGAUCUCAUGGCGUACAUGGUCAAGAAUCCCGGACUGAUCCCGGGCAUGAAGAGUCUCCGCGAGGGUGAUAUCCAGCGCAAGCGAGGGAUGAUGGCGGAGAUCCUCGAAGGGUGCUGGCGCAGCUGUGUCUCACCAGAUCCAAUCUCGAAGAGACCAUUCGUCGCGGAGGCGAUUAUUGCCAACCCGCCCAGCUUUGCCCAUUUACAUUGUGCUCAGGCCCUGAGUAUUCCAGUUCAUUUGAUGUUCACCAUGCCGUGGUCCAGCACGCGCGCGUUCCCCCACCCUUUGGCGAAUCUCACUCACAAAGACAAGUCCUCCGACUUGAGCAUGGCGAAUUAUGUCUCAUAUGCUGUCGUCGAGUUGUUGACCUGGCAAGGUCUUGGAGACAUCAUCAACCGGUGGCGACAUUCACUCGACCUGGAGCCUAUCCCUAUGACAGAGGUUCCGUAUCUCACCGAGACCCUCAAGAUACCCUUUACAUACUGUUGGUCUCCUGCCCUGGUCGCCAAACCAUCCGACUGGCCGAGACGCAUUGAUGUCUGCGGUUUCUUUUUCCGCAACCCGCCCCCGUAUUCUCCGCUUCCAGAAGUCGAGGCAUUUCUGAAAGCUGGCCCGCCACCCAUCUAUAUCGGGUUUGGGAGCAUCGUGCUUGACGACCCUGACCGGAUCAGUAAGAGUAUCUUCAGUGCGAUCCGUCGGGCGAACGUGCGGGCUAUCAUCUCGAGUGGGUGGAGCAAACUUGCAGGACCUGCUUUGAACGAUGUGUUGUUUAUCGGAGACUGUCCGCACGAAUGGCUUUUCCAGCAAGUUUCAGCUGUAGUUCACCACGGCGGUGCAGGAACUACAGCCUGUGGGCUGAGAUAUGGAAAGCCGACUGUUAUCGUUCCCUUCUUUGGGGAUCAACCUUUUUGGGGACGCAUGAUCGCUGAUUCGGGGGCUGGACCUGAGCCUAUUCCCCACAAAGCCUUGGAUGGCAUGCGACUGGCCCAGGCGAUCCUUUUCUGUCUGACAGCCAAAGCGCAGAUUGCUGCUCAGGACAUCGCAGCAAAGAUGGCCUCCGAACGAGGCGUUGAUGCUGCCGUUUCUUCUUUCCACAACAAUCUCCCACCCGAUAUGCAAUGCGAUUUGUUCCCUGAGAGACCUGCGGCAUGGACUGUCCGGAAGAAGAGCCAUGUGAGACUAUCCAAGCUUGCUGCAGAGAUCUUGAUCCAGAGUUCAUACAUCACUCCCUCUUCGCUGAAGCGUGUUCGAACGAAGGUCAUUCGUAUUGUGAAUCGACGAUGGGAUCCGGUCACGGGGCUUUAUUCUGCUGCAAUAGCGACUGCUGCAAAUAUGGUCGAAGCCACCGCCGAUAUGGUGGUGAAACCUUACGCCGAACUCAACCGAUUCCGCGCAUCUGCUCCUCCGGUGCCACCUCCCAAGGACCGUUUUCAGCUUCGCAACGAUUCCUCCUCGCUAGAGUCCCGGGAUUUGGAUAUGGCUGCACAGAGCACUUCCGAUCUGUCACGAUCGGAGGACCUAGGCGAAGGAACGAGCACUGGCUCGUCCAACAGACUGCAUUUAGCAGGUGCAAUGGCGGCGGCUUCUGGCAAAAGCUUCAGUCGAUUCCUCGGGACCGGCCUCAGAGGGAUGAUUCUCGACAUGCCUCUGGCUGUGACUGAGGGAAUGCGCAAUGUCCCGCGGCUGUACGGCGACGAAGUGAAGGACAUGGGCCCCGUCGAUGGAUGGAAAAGCGGUUCAGUCAUGGCCGGCAAGAAUUUCGUCUCGGGUGUCUACGAAGGCCUGACCGACAUCGUGGUCCAGCCGUACAAGGGAGCCAAAAGCGGCGGCGUGCUGGGUGCCACGAUCGGGGCUGGGAAAGGUGCCGUCUCGCUCGCAACCAAGCCCAUCUCUGCUGCACUCGGUUUGGUGUUUUAUCCUGGGCAGGGUGUAUACAAAAGCGUUUGGAAGGCAACGCAUGCCGAUACCAAGAGGGAUGUGUUGGACGCAUCUCGCGAGGAAGGGAGAUGGUUGUUGGCGCAACAGCCGACUAAUAUUGACUAUUCUUGGGUGAUAUCCUCGUUCAAGUACGGUGACUUGAGGGAUCCCGAUCUCGACGAGUCUUGAAUCCGCAGAAUAUUCACAUGCAUCCCCUCGAAGCUGAUAGAAAAAUGUUCUAUGUAAGUAGGAAUAGAAAAAAGUCAAACAGUGAUAUG